AUGUCGAAGCAGACCAUCUCACCAGGGAACCUGGGCUCCGGAGCAGACAUGCGAGCAGAGAGGACUACCUCAGCCGGUCCCUCUGACCGUCCGUCAAGCUUCCGAUCUGCAGCAGCUGGUGCUUGUGCCAGAUCUCGCUCGCACAUAAACCUGCUGUAUCCCUCACCGUCCGAUGGCACGGACUCUACCACCACCUCCUGCUCCCCGCGUUCGUGUAUCCUGCAUCGAGGCUCUCAGAUCCUCGGCCUUGCCAAGUACCUCUGGAUGAAUUCCGGGUGCAAGGGACAGGAGACUGCUGGCUAUAAUCUGCAAGAUAAUCACAAACCCCAGCCGGCUAUGGUACGAGUCCCCGUUUCCUCCAUUGAAGAAAGCGAAGGAAGCGAGGAAUCCCAAGCAAUGUGCUUCUUGGACCCAUCCACCGACAUCCCGAGGAGAGGGAAGACAACCGCCUUUUCUGAGGUUGGAUAUGCGGAGGUGCAAUGCGCAGCACAACGGAAAGGCUUUCGUCUUGCAUGUGGAGGUAGGCGGCCAGGCAUGAUUCCUAGAUGUAGUGUGCAGAGGAUGUUAGUCCAAGGCUUGGUCUGGGUAGGAACAAGGAACCAGGAACUCAUGGGAGAUGGAAGCACACUGCCAGCCCAACUACCGCGCGUCGCCAUUCACGGCAAUUCCUUGGUUGAUGGCCCAUGGGAAUCGGCUUGCAAGGAGACUCUUUCUGAGCAAUUAGCAAAGGAGCGAGCGGGUUCACAGAGGGGUCACAGUACUGACUUCAUGGAGCAUGAGGCCUGGAUUGGGGGUGCUUCCGUGGACAGUUUGGAGGUCAAGCAAGGGCUGCUCAUAGUUCUGAGGUAG